AGACCCGCUCGGGUAGGGGGGUCGGGUUGGGUUGGCCGACUGGGCCGGGUUUGGUUUGUUUGUCUUAUUACUCCUGUGUUAGUUCUGAAACUCAUAAAUAGGUUUCUGCACAUUCAUUUGCGGUUAAGCAAUAAUAAUAUCAAAAUCCCUAAAUCCCUCUUUUCUCUGUUCUUCCCCAAUUCUUCUUCCAAUCCCUAAUUCUUCCUCUAAUCCCUAAUUCUUUCUCAAUUCCCAAUUCUAUUUCAC